GGAACAGAGAGUCUUUCUGCCUGCGGGGGGGAGGGGACGCCUUUCACCCCAGCCCUGCGCUCCCCGGCGUCCUCCCCUCGCAUUCACUUGCAAAUCGCAGUGUGCAAGCUGGAGCCUGCACUUCCCUGCACGCUAACCUUCCCAUGGCGAGAGCUGCAGCUCUAUCAGCAGAAGCUUUCUCUGCGCCCGGGGAAGGGCUGCCCCCCUCCUUGCAGUCUUUUUUUUUUCUCUCUCUCUCUCUCUUCUCCCCCCUUCCUUGUCUGCCCUCCCCUUAAUCAGAAGCACUGAAUGAAAGCCAAUCAGAGCUCGCUCGCCCCCGUUUUCUUCGCUCCCCUGCCGUCCAGAGUUAAAAGUGAUGCUGAGAGAAAGCUGGAGUUAGAUGGAAGUAGAAUCGGUCAUAGGAAAUAACAGCCGAAAACAAACAAAAAGGGGGACAGAGUAACAAUUUCUCCGGGCUUUUCUUUUUUUUUUUUAAUUAUUUUUAAUUUUUUUUUUUUUGGCUGGAACCAACUUCAGUUAUCCAGAAGCUGACUUUAAAAAAAAAAAAAGCUUUUGGAACAUGCUCACACCUUGGGUGAGAUGUUGGAAACCAGUUGAAAAACAGUAAAAUCCAAGCGAAUAAAAUAGGACGGCUUUCUCUACAUCCACACCAAGACUUGUCAAGAAGUGAACUAUGACAAUCUAUCAAUUUUUGUUUCUGUUUUUACUCUGGGUAUGGCUGCCAUAUUUCUGUUCUCCAGAGAUGAUAUUUCAAAGAGCUCCUGUGGCCCAACAAAGAAUUUUAGGGGUGCGUGUGCCAAGAAGUGAUAGCAAAAUUCUGCAUCGCCAAAAACGUGGUUGGAUGUGGAAUCAAUUUUUCUUACUGGAGGAAUAUACAGGAUCUGAUUAUCAAUAUGUAGGCAAGCUUCAUUCAGACCAAGAUAAAGGAGAUGGAUCACUCAAAUAUAUUUUAUCUGGAGAUGGAGCAGGUACACUUUUUAUUAUUGAUGAAAAAACAGGUGACAUUCAUGCCACAAGAAGAAUUGACAGGGAAGAAAAGGCCUUUUAUACGCUACGUGCACAAGCUAUUAACAGAAGAACUUUGAGACCAGUAGAACCAGAGUCUGAGUUUGUGAUCAAAAUCCAUGAUAUCAAUGACAAUGAACCCACAUUCCCCGAGGAAAUUUAUACAGCUAGUGUUCCUGAAAUGUCUGUUGUAGGUACUUCUGUGGUGCAAGUCACAGCUACAGAUGCCGACGACCCCUCGUACGGGAACAGCGCCAGAAUCAUUUACAGCAUUCUUCAAGGGCAGCCGUAUUUCUCUGUGGAGCCUGAAACAGGAAUCAUCAGGACUGCUUUACCAAACAUGAACAGAGAAAACAGGGAGCAGUACCAAGUGGUGAUCCAGGCCAAGGACAUGGGCGGCCAGAUGGGAGGCUUAUCUGGGACCACCACGGUGAACAUCACGCUGACAGAUGUCAAUGACAAUCCUCCUCGUUUCCCCCAGAAUACAGUUCAUCUUCGAGUUCUUGAAUCCUCCCCAGUUGGCACAGCCAUUGGGAGUGUAAAAGCAACUGAUGCUGACAUUGGGAAAAAUGCUGAAGUAGAAUAUCGAAUUAUAGAUGGUGAUGGAACGGACAUGUUUGACAUCAUGACUGAGAAGGACACACAGGAAGGCAUCAUAACAGUAAAAAAGCCACUUGACUAUGAGAGCCGGCGGCUUUACACUCUGAAGGUUGAAGCGGAGAACACCCACAUAGACCCACGAUUCUAUUACCUCGGGCCAUUUAAAGACACCACCAUUGUGAAAAUCUCCAUAGAAGAUGUGGAUGAAGCGCCUGUUUUCAGCAGGUCUUCCUAUCUGUUUGAGGUUCAUGAAGAUAUUGAAGUAGGCACUAUCAUUGGAACCGUCAUGGCAAGGGACCCAGAUUCUACCUCGAGCCCUAUUAGGUUUUCCUUAGAUCGCCAUACUGAUCUGGAUCGGAUCUUUAAUAUACAUUCUGGAAAUGGAUCUCUUUACACGUCAAAACCACUUGACCGUGAAUUAUCUCAAUGGCACAAUCUUACUGUUAUAGCUGCUGAAAUCAACAAUCCCAAAGAGAUGACUCGCGUAGCUGUUUAUGUGAGAAUUUUGGACGUUAAUGAUAAUGCCCCUCAAUUUGCUGUGUUCUAUGAUACUUUCGUAUGUGAAAAUGCCAGACCAGGCCAGCUAAUACAGACAAUAAGUGCAGUAGACAAAGAUGACCCUUUAGGAGGGCAGAAAUUUUUCUUCAGUUUAGCUGCUGUCAAUCCAAACUUCACAGUGCAAGAUAAUGAAGAUAACACUGCCAGAAUUUUAACGAGAAAAAAUGGAUUCAAUAGACAUGAAAUCAGUACCUAUCUCUUGCCUGUGGUGAUAUCAGACAACGAUUACCCGAUUCAGAGCAGCACAGGCACGCUUACCAUCCGAGUGUGCGCCUGUGACAGCCAGGGGAACAUGCAGUCAUGCAGUGCCGAGGCCCUCCUCCUCCCGGCUGGCCUCAGCACGGGGGCUCUGAUUGCUAUUCUCCUCUGCAUCAUUAUUCUUCUCGUGAUCGUCGUGCUGUUCGCAGCCCUGAAGAGGCAGCGGAAGAAAGAGCCCCUGAUCCUGUCCAAGGAAGACAUCCGGGACAACAUCGUGAGCUACAACGACGAGGGCGGCGGCGAGGAGGACACGCAGGCCUUCGACAUCGGCACCCUGCGCAACCCCGCGGCCAUGGAGGAGAAGAAGCUGCGGCGCGACAUCCUCCCGGAGACGCUGUUCCUGCCCCGGAGGACUCCCACGGCCCCCGACAACACCGACGUCCGGGACUUCAUCAACGAGCGGCUCAAGGAGCACGACCUGGACCCCACGGCGCCCCCCUACGACUCGCUGGCCACCUACGCCUACGAGGGCAACGAUUCCGUCGCGGAGUCCCUGAGCUCCCUGGAAUCGGGGACCACCGAGGGCGACCAAAACUACGAUUACCUCCGGGAGUGGGGUCCCCGGUUCAACAAGCUGGCGGAAAUGUACGGGGGCGGGGACAGCGACAAGGACUCUUAACCCAGGCUCGGCGCCCCGGGCAAGCCAGCAAGAAGAGGGAGCAUCUCUUGGGAGCAUCUCUGGGAGCAUCUCUGGGAGCAUCUCUGGGAGCAUCUCUUGGGAGCAUCUCUGGACCUGCCUCGCCUACGCAUCCCUGAGAGUUGAGAGCAUCCCUCGACACGACUCCCCCCUCCCCCCAUUGCCUUUUAUAAUUUGUUCAUUAAUUCCAUUAAUUCUUUCCUGUAGGAUGUCUCAUCAUGGGAAUAUAGACGACAUUUUUAUUUAAUCACUUCCAAGAGCCAAAGCUAUGGAAAUUCAGUGUUCUCCAUCUUAGGAAAUAAAAAGAUAACUGCAGAAACACGAACAGGAUAUUGUCCCUUACAAAAAACCUCACACACACAAGCCGCUUCUGUGAGAUACAUGCCCUGCCCUUGCAAAAUGAAGCUUUUCAAAAAAGAAAAAAAAAAGGUGAAGACACAUUUUAAGGUAUAUCCUGUUCUGUACAUUAAAUUAAAAAAAAAAAUCAGCAAUGUACAUGUGGUGUUAGUAGGUGUGAUAUGCAACCUGGUAUACAAAAUGUUUGUGCAAUUUCAUUUCAUCAAAUUCUAUCUGCUAAUGUUUUAUAUUUAUAUUUUUGUAUUUAUUUUUAAAAAAAUAAACAAGUUUUUACAACUA